GUGACUGACUGACACUGAUUUCAGUUCUGUGAUUUCAGUCAACUGUCAUCUUCAUUGCUGCUCUGCAGAACAUAUUGACUGUUUGAAGCUGAUGAUACACUUACAUUGAAGGCAACAUACUGUAAAGGAGCAAAAUCAGCACAGCGCUUCUAGCAGAAUUCUGUUCCUCUGGAGUGAAGGAUGCAUCAGGGACGCCUGCGCUUGCGGCCGUGGUUAGAGGAACAGAUCGAGUCGGGCACAUAUCCAGGAGUCAUAUGGCUGGAUGAGUCUGCCAGAGUUUUCCAGAUUCCCUGGAAACAUGCAGCCAGACAUGGCUGGAACAUCGAGAAGGAUGCGACUCUGUUCAGGAACUGGGCGAUUCACACAGGGAGAUAUAAACCUGGCAUAGACAAACCUGAUCCCAAAACAUGGAAAGCAAACUUCCGCUGUGCGCUCAAUUCACUGCCAGAUGUCAAAGAGCUUCAAGACAAAAGCAUGAAGAAAGGUCACAACGCUUUCAGAGUUUAUAUUCUCUUGCCACACAGCAAAAUGCUCAAGAGACGCAGAGCAAUGAGGAGUUUGGAUUCUCAUGUUAAAUCAAGAUCUCCUCCACCACCAACACAAAGAAACAUAGUGCUGGAGAGAUUUACAGAGAACUUCUGGAAGUUCACAGAUGAUCGCGAGUGCUCCACAGCAGACGUCUUGAGAAAAGAUCCUGUCUCCAGAGGUGUUGAGGACCACCAAUCAAACAUCAGCGCCACAGCACAGGGACUUCCGCUGACCAAAAGCGAUGAGCAUGAACAGACAGAAGCCGUGCUGAAGAUUGUGGAUCAUCUGAAGAACUUUGAGCACCGGAGUCCAUUAUAUGACAGUGACAGAAGCUGGAGACCAGCAAACUCAAUGUGGAUGGACUGUCUCUGUGAGACGAUGGAAUUAUCUGGUUAUUCCCUCCAUACAGACUGUAAUAUUCACUGUGCUUCCUCAGCUCAAUAUGUCUAAAGCAUCAGAGGGACCCGGACUCCACACUUCACGGCUUGUUGCAUCUAUUUUGUAUUUAUGUAGUAGUGCAAUUGAAGAUAAAGCAUAUGGACACUACUGAGUGCACUGUGAAACUUGAUUCUGAACACAAUUAAAGCUCUUGAUAUAUGUAGGAAUUUCUAAACCCUUAAUUUUCUUUAUCCAGUUAUUGAAACGGCCUCAUUCAUGAAAAAAACAAAAACAAAAAACAACAAACAGAACAAAUGUCA